AUGGCAAAGAAGGUAUUGUCUGACGAGUUGAUUGAGCAGUAUUUAGAUAUUCCGUCAGAAACUGAAUUCAGUCAAGACUUUUCAAAUGCGCAAAGUGAUAAUGACCUGGCGAAGAACAGAGAAAAUUUGUACCAAAUGAAUGGAGUUGGUGACUCUGAAAAUGAGCCUACUCGGUAUGCAGCAUUUACUUCUGCUAAUUGCAGUAGCUUCCUUGACGAAAAUAUAAAUGAAUAA